AUGGGCCCGGCCCUGCUGCUGCUGCUGCCCCUGCUGGCCUCCAUGCUGGACGCUACCCCUGAAAACUGUGGCAAUCAAAACUUUGGGGUCGACCAGCAAAAGCACCUGUCAGCCCCCGAGGGCGGCUCUGUCCGCAUCCCCUGCUCCUUCCACCACAGCUGGGAGUUAGCCAAGAAUUCUGAGGUGAAGAUAGCCUGGAGGUGGAAGAACUUCCAUGGAGAUUUCAUCUACAACCAGACUCCGAGUUGGACCCUUGAGGAGUUCAAGAACCGUCUCCGCCUGGACUGGACACAGGGCCAGAACCAGGGCACCCUCCUCAUCCGGAACCUGCGGAGCAAGGACGCGACCACGUACUUCUGCCGAGUGUGGCUGAACACAAAGAGAUGCGGGCCACGGGAGUUUCAGUCCAUUCAGGGGACCGAACUCAGCGUCACCCCAGUUACUUUUCUGAAGAACUUGGUCAUCAAUAAACCAAAUUUUGUGGGCCGGAGACAGUGCAUAGGAGCCCCCGACAGCCCCCCAGAGCAGCCCCACUGCUGCCCACCAUGA